UCUCUCUCUCUCUUCCUCUCUCUAUCAGCGUGUAGUCCUCUCUGUGUGUGUGCUCUCUCCCUCCAUCCCCUCCCCCCCACCUCCUCUCCCACCGCUCUCAUCAACUCUGCUGUCGGCGCCUGGAGCCCACCCGUGGGACUGAAAGAAGGGAGGAGGAGGAGAAGAAGGAGAAGUGGUUCAGAGGAGCGCGAUUUAGAUUAUCUUCUGAUCUCUGGUCGAUGGAUUUAUCACUGUCAACGCAACAAUACUUUAGCUAGAAAACCGAGUGAAGCAUGGGUGACUGGAGCUUUCUAGGGCGUCUGCUGGAGAAUGCUCAAGAACACUCCACUGUGAUCGGAAAGGUUUGGCUGACUGUGCUCUUCAUUUUCCGGAUCUUGGUGCUGGGCGCAGCGGCCGAGGAGGUGUGGGGCGACGAGCAGUCGGACUUUACCUGUAACACGCAGCAGCCCGGUUGCGAGAACGUCUGCUACGACGAGGCCUUCCCCAUCUCCCACAUCCGUUUCUGGGUGCUGCAGAUCAUCUUCGUCUCCACACCCACCCUCAUCUACCUAGGCCAUGUGCUGCACAUCGUCCGCAUGGAGGAAAAGAGGCGGGAGAGGGAGGAGGAGCUCCGCAAGGCGCGGCGCCACCAGGAGGACAACCUCUACAACGGAGGAGGUGGGAAAAAGGAGAAGCCCCCGAUCCGUGACGAGCACGGGAAGAUCCGGAUCCGUGGGGCGUUACUGAGGACCUACAUCUUCAACAUCAUCUUUAAGACUCUGUUUGAGGUGGGCUUCAUCCUGGGGCAGUACUUCCUGUAUGGUUUCCACCUGAGGCCGCUCUAUAAAUGUGGCCGCUGGCCCUGCCCCAACACGGUGGACUGCUUCAUCUCCAGACCGACAGAAAAGACGAUCUUCAUCAUCUUCAUGCUGGUGGUUGCAUGUGUGUCCUUGGUCCUCAACAUGCUGGAGAUCUACCACCUGGGCUGGAAGAAAGUCAAGCAGGGGGUCACUAAUGAGUUCUUCCCUGACAGCGAGUCGCUGCUGGGCCCAGAUACGCCUGGAGAUGCAGAGACCAUCCCUGAGCAGGCGUCCCCGGCAGUGCUCAACUGUUUGCCAGCGUACGCUAAUCCCAACGACAGGGCGCCUGAGGGAGGAACCUACAGUCCAGCGGAGACCUCGCCCACUGUGAUCUCUGUCAACUCCAACAUGGUCACGGCCCCGGGGCCCGCAGGACUCAAGAUGGACGGCGCCGCGUUCCAUCCAGACGACUUCCUGUUGCCUACGUCGUUUUAUGGCAGUGGAGAGAAAAUGAGCGUGUGGAGCCAGGGACACCUGGCAGAGAUGGAGCAGAACUGGAGCAACGCAGCUCUGGAGCUCCACAAUCUGAACGGAAAGAACUCCUCCUCCUCCUCCUACCCCCUUCCUCUCCCAUCGCCACCCACCUCUGCCUCCUCCUCUCCUCCGGGGGACGUGACACCUCCCAACGAGAAGCAGCAGUCCACGUUUCCCACCCUCCCUCGCAACACCCCUCUGUCCCCCCUGGCGCCCCGGGAGACGGCGGCCGGCGAGGAGAACGGCAUCGGGGACCCGCGGGAGGAUUUCACUGUGGUGACCCGGGCGGAGAUGCAUCAGCCUCCUGCUGCUGCGGGGACAGACGUCAGGAAGCCCAGACGGGCCAGCAAGAGCAGCGGCGCGCGAGCUCGCCCCGACGACCUGGCCGUGUAGCUGCAAAGCGCACGCCCACAUUCACGAGACCCUUCUCUGAUCCUCUUCACACGGAGAGAGGCUAUGCAAUUCCCUGAGACACACACAGCAGCACAAACACACACGAGUGGUGACACACGGGCCGGGAUCAAGCACAAUAACACUACCGUGUCUGUGUCGUUAGUAUGGAGCUGAAACGUUAGUUAGCUGAUCUGAACAGGCAGCUGAGGCAGCUCGUCUGAAAGGGCCCACAGUGUCUGGAUCAAAGCUCCGGCCGCAAGUUACAUUUGGAUUAUUUGUGGAAACAUUUUGAGUAUUUUUUUGUAAACUAGAAGCACCGUUGCAAUUUAUGGCGCUUUUAUACUAGUACCUACUCAGCCCGUCUCGACUCGACUCAACUUGCCCUCGUUUCUUUUCAAUACCCAGAUCAGAAGUAGGUGCUGCUGUGACGUAUUUGAUUGCAUGAUCCAAACGAAGAAGACAACAACACUAAAGAUGUAGAAACUGGAGGAGAUGAUAGAUGUGCUGCUGGGUCUGUGACUUGUGUUCCAUAUCAAGUUAAAAAAUGAGAGUGGGAGAAGCUUCAAGCGGCAACGCUUUUACAUUUUUUCGUCCGUUGGUAGCCGCGAGCAGCUAUGAAGAGACAGAGAUCCUGGUAGAUCUGGUCGUUCCUUAUCGCCGUCUAGAUCCCUUUUUAAUUCUCUCCUCAGCCACCAGGUUUAUGAACAUCUGCACCUCAGAGUUGGAUCACCAAACAGACUUUUGCUGCCGUUGCUGGUCGAAUAAAAUGAACAAGAAGCCGCCGUCAGAGUCGCUCUUUCAC